CAAGACUUUGGCUUUUUCUUUCAGCCUUAAGGGAUCAACUACUUCAUCUGAGUCUUGAGAUGGGCUGGUGGAGAAAGAAGAACACAGAAGAAGCCAAUGCAAAGCAGAAGCUAGUCCAAGAGAACGGCGAGGUGGUCCUAGAAAAGCUCAUCGAAUAUUGCAAUGGAAAAUCCAAUCCAAUCAAAGCCUUUUCUGCUUCUCAGAUCCUAAGAGCCACCGACAACUUCAGCCGUAAUAACUCUCUUAUUCUCCACGCUACUGGUAGCUACCAAUGUUACAAAGGUAUGCUUGAAGACCGACCCGUGCUUGUGAAGAAAUGGGUAAUAAAGUAUAGUCCCUGCAGCGGAAAGACUUGUCGUGACAUAUCCAUAUCAUCAAUGAUUGCAAAGGAGGUCGCAGACGCUUUAACAUACCUUCACACUGCAUUCUCAAAGAGUAUCAUCCACAAAGACAUGAUACCAUGUAACAUCUUCUUGGAUGGGGAAGGGACGGCUAAGCUUAGUGGGUUCAACAACUCUGUUUUGAUUCCGGAAGGAGAAAAGUUUGUUGAAGAUAUGGUUGUAGAAGGAACUUUUGGGUAUCUUGAUCACAACUAUAUGGGUACUGGGCUAGUGACAGAGAACACUGAUGUCUAUGGCUUUGGAGCAUUCAUGAUUACUCUUUUGACUGCUUUGCAACCGAGUCUUGUUGUCAAACUGUACAAGGAUUCUCCUAUAGAGUUGGUUGAAGAUGGUGGAUUUGUUGGGAUUGUUGAUCCAAAGGUGUUGGAGAGCUGCAAGGAAGAAGAGACAUGGCAGUUUAAGACUUUCUUUAUACUCUCACUGUGAUGCAUUGGCUGUGUAGGAGAAGAAGUUCCAAAGAUGAUUGAAGUUGCCAAAGAACUUAAAAUGAUAAUGCUUGUUUAAGAAUAUAAACAAUGUCAUUUUUUCUCUUAGAUCUCUCCCAAACCGUUCUUGAAAAAAUUACACAAAAGUUAUUACAA